UGAAGUUAAUAGGUUGCUGCUUUCAACGUUCUCGAAUCAACCCUGUUCUUUGGAUUGAUAUUCGAAGAUAACAUUCGUGGUUUUACAUAUAACGUCAUCUACGUUCAUCAUGGUUAUUGGGAAUACCGUUAAGCACGAGGAAAUUUCGAUUUCCCAAUCUACAACUAUUAGCAAACCAUGUUACGCCAUUGAGAGGAAGGUCGGACAGGAGGAGUGGCGACUCGCUGUUGAAACAGUCCUUCCACGGUUACUUGGACCUUCCAAGCUUUUUGAGAGGAAGAAAACUGUCCAAUACCAUGAAGAUGAUGAAAAUGCUUGCCCUAACACAUACUUUGACGCGAUAUGUGAUUUUGGUCGUUGGAUUGGUAAUGUGAGGAAUUGCUUUCAACAUAACUGGGCAACGGGAACAAGGAAAAAAAAGACGAUGGCUGUUUCACUUACCCCAUCACGUAUGAAAGAUUUCUUCAUUUUGUUGGAAGACGAUCGCAUAAAGAAAUUUGUGGAGCACGAUAAAUGCAAGAUAUUUGCAGACUCGUACUUGCUGGCUAUGGUGUUCACUUACUUCCUUCGAGCUGGGUUUCGACAUAAAGAAUAUAACUACGACAAUUUCUGUACCGCCUUGCUGCUUGCACAUGAAAUGGAAGAAGAGAACUUUUUAAUUGAAGAAGUGGUUGUCGAAUGGGAAACUGCAACGAUUCAGAACGGCAAUGAGGAUUUUGUACCCAUGCAUCGUUUACGUUACGAGCUAUUUGUUCGUAUGGAUUACCUAGCCCUAGUCUCACGCAAAGUUUGCGAAGAUAUAAUGGGCCUGUGUCCAGAGCAUUGGGCUUGGAGACGCAAGCGUCACGAACAUCAUUCAGGAGUAUAUCAGAGCAGACGCUAUCCAGCUCAGGAUCGUGACAGUCGCAGUCUGAUCCAAUUGGUAUCGAUUCCCAAUCCGUUUUCUAGGCGGUGUGAGCCUUGUUUGAAAUUAGAACAAAUAAAUGCAGCUAUUUUAGCCAAGAAGGAAGCAAGGGCUGCAGGUAACAGGUUGACUCUCAAGAAACGUCACCACUCCACCAAAUCAGAAGCCAAACAUAGUUUUUUACCCUUCUAAAUUAAAGCUGGUGCAAGACAACGACCCACAGCUGCCAUUCCCAGAUUAACAACGCAUAAAAACUAUUUAAUCUUCAUCUGGACUACCAAAAUCAUCCCAAUCAUCAUCUUCUUCGUCAUCAUCAUCCUCUCCAUCUUUUUCUACCCGAAGUUUCAAAAGUUCUAGGCGUUUUUCAGCUUCCUCCAUCCAAUUAGUGGGUUUUCGUUUUGUUUCUCCUGAUUCUAUCUCACCAUCAUCUUCAGAAGUAAAUACCAUGGUUUAUGUUAAGAAUUAGCAGAUCAUAACUUUGAAAACAAACCUUCAUCCUUGGCUUUACCAAGACGAUCAAGAUAUCUCAAGAAUGUUCGACGCUUUCUUUCACUCAAGGAUUUUAGUUCCAUUUGGAACUUCGCUUCCAUUUGUGCUUUUUCAGCUACAGUGGGUUCUGGUCGACACACAAUUUCUUCCUUUUUUCCACAUUUGGCACACAACUAUACCAUACAAGACUAUUUAUAAAAAGCUCCAAAUAACAAA